GGGAAGCAGACCCAUACUUAUCCAUAAAACAAAACUCCACGCCACAAUGAGAUAUAAUUCUGACACUUCUACGCCACACUUUUGUCUUCAGCCGCCUAUAAAUUCCACACAUCCCUUCGCACCGCAACACAUCUUCCCCCUUAAUUCGCCUAAUAUUUUAGAAGGAGAACUCUGUUUUACUUUGUUUUUUCCUUUUUGGGAUUGGGAUUGUGUUCGGUUUCUUGACAGAAAACUUGGUUAGAAACUUAGAAAAUGUUGGCGAUUUUCCAAAAGGGGUUUGCGAAUCCACCGGAGGAGCUGAACAGCCCUGGGUCGUCUUCACGAAAGCAAAAGCUUCCACGGGAAACUCUCCAGGAGUUCCUCAGUUCUCACCCUUCAGCCAACACCUUCUCCCUCUGCUUCGGCGAUGCUACUGCUCUUGCUUACGUUCGCCCCACCUCCCCAUUCUCCCAAGAUCAGAGGUGUUUUUGUGGGUACGAAGACAUAUACUGCCUCUUCCUUGGGAGGUUGAACAACCUGUGCGCGCUGAACAGGCAGUACGGAGUGUCAAAGGGAACCAACGAGCCGAUGCUGGUGAUAGAAGCGUACCGGACUCUGCGAGACAGGGGUCCUUACCCUGCUGAUCAGGUCGUCAAGGAUCUCGACGGCAGCUUUGCCUUUGUUGUCUUUGAUAGCAAGGCCGGAACUGUGUUCACCGCUCUGGGUUCUGAUGGAGGAGUGAAGCUGUUCUGGGGUAUCGCAGCCGACGGCUCUGUAGUUAUCUCUGACGACUUGGAGACCAUAAAGGCUGGGUGUGCAAAAUCAUUUGCGCCCUUUCCAGCAGGAUGCAUGUUCCACAGCGAGGGAGGCUUGAUGAGCUUUGAGCAUCCGAUGAACAGAGUGAAGGCGAUGCCGAGGAUAGACAGCGAAGGAGCGAUGUGCGGCGCCAACUUCAAGGUUGAUGUAUACUCGAGGGUCAACAGCAUGCCCCGUGUUGGCAGCGAAGUGAACUGGAUGGACUGGACCUCCCGUGAUGCCCUUUAAUUAAUUAAUUGAAAAUUGUUGCAGGGUUUCCUUCGGAAGGGAAAAAUGCAACCUUUGUGUCAUUUGAUUUUUUACUUCUUUUUUUAAAAGUGUUGCCUUGGUUUAUGCUCUCUGUUUAGGGUGUGAAUAUGUAGUGUUGGGCGCUGAGUCAGUCCAUGAAUAAUGAAUUCUCAAAAAACUGAACGUACAUACUUACUUUGUGAUUA